CAGGGGACGAAGCUUGAACAAUCCGCAUCUCGAGACAAUCAUUUCGAUUCUGACCCAUCCCAGCCUACACGCCGGUAUAUCAGAAAAGACCUCCCGGAUUCACGAACAUGUCGGCCCAGAACUCGGCGGGCAUCCAGACCCUGCUCGAUGCCGAGAGGGAAGCUUCCAAGAUUGUCCAGAAAGCUCGAGAGUUCCGCACAAAACGAGUCAGGGAGGCCCGAGAUGAGGCCAAGAAGCAGAUAGAGGAGUACAGGACACAGAAGGAGCAGGAAUUCAAGAAGUUCGAGGCCGAGCACACCCAAGGGAACAAGCAGGCCGAGGAGGAGGCGGACAAGGACGCCGACGUGCAGAUCCGCGAGAUCAAGGCGGCGGGCAAGAAGGGCCAAGACAAGGUCAUCAAGGACCUGCUGGGGGCGGUGUUCGACGUCAAGCCCGUGGCCCCGUCCGAGGCAUGAGGCCGAGAAUGAAGGGACUUGACCUUUUUCCUCUCCCGGGUGGUCGAGGGGCGAAGAGUCGGGAGGAGGGGUUGGAUGGCGAUCCGCAGGGGAAUUUCCGUCGACACUUCUACUUACCUAUGUUACAUAUUGGCAUUUGGGGAGUGGAGUGGUUCUUGCACAGAGCGGCAAAUGCAUGGAAUCGGACGGCUGUUUUUUAUACUCUCCUCCGUAACAGAUUAGAAGCCUCGGAACCUGCAUCACAGGGCCAGAUCCGAUGACUGGCCCUAGAAUCUCAUUAUUGAAUCUUCUACACGA